GACUUCUCUCCGGAGUGAAUCUCUCUCUCUCUCUGCACUUUGCCUCUCUUCUUUCGACUCAUUCUUGUGGACUACUUUCACAGCCCAAAAGUCGAUGAACUAUAACACGUUAACUGCAUCUGUAAUUGUGUGGUGGUUGGAUUUUACAAUUUGAUGACUUGUUGAAUUUCUCGAGGAUGAAUUUCAACUUUCCUGGUGGUCUCCCAUGGCUUAGGGCCCAGCCAAACAAUGAUUUGUUGACAACCCUUAAUUCCAGGAGCACCCUUAUUGAAAAACCUAAAGAAAAAGCUUUUUUGGGUAUCAAGUUGUGGGGAUGGUCCCUGCUUUCAUUUUUGCCAUGGGCAAUCAAUUCUGGAGAGAAAAUUGGAAGACCAGCUACUAUUAAUAGAGGAUUAAGGAGAAGAGCGCAAUCUGUUGGGGUUGUUGACAAUGAUGGAAAGGUUGUGCCAUUGCGCUUCAAACCAUAUGUCUCUAAGGUUCCAUGGCAUACAGGCGCAAGAGCAUUUCUUUCUCAGUUAUUCCCACGUUAUGGGCAUUAUUGUGGACCUAAUUGGUCAAGCGGGAAAGAUGGGGGGUCUCUAAUUUGGGACAAGCGGCCAAUUGAUUGGCUGGACUUCUGCUGCUACUGCCACGAUAUUGGUUAUGAUAGUCAUGAUCAGGCCGAGCUGCUGAAGGCUGACUUAGCGUUUCUUGAGUGCUUGGAGAAGCCUCAUAUGAGUACAAAAGGAGAUGCUGAGAUUGCUUUUCUUUAUAAGAUGAUGUGCAUUUCAGGUCUCAAGAAUAUACUAAUACCUUAUAGAAGCCACCUUGUGAAGCUACAGUUUGGGCAGCCUUUGAUUGAUUUUGGGUGGCUAAGCAAUGUGAGAUGGAGAAGUUGGAAGUUUCAGAAAAAUUAAUUCAUACUUCACAUGAUAUUGAAUUGAAGCUGAUUGUCUUAAAAAAGUAUUGGUCAUUCUCAUUUUCUAGCCCCCUAUUUGUUAUGAAGUUCUCGCAAAUCAUUGUGCUCUCUAAAAUUUGAAUAUGUGAACCUCCUUUAGACUUUUCUUACCUCAAUCCGUAUAUAAUAUAUGCACUCUAUGUUGAAAUGUAAAGAUGUGAACUCUUAUAUUGUAUAUGUGUAUGUAUGUGGAAAAAUCGACCACUUUCUGAUUGUUGUUGCCUAAAAGUUGAAGAGAUUCAACGUUUAGACCUUGUUAUUUAUGAAUUGUACCAAGCACGACAUGUGUUGGAGACGAAUUCUUUUCA